AUGAACCCUAAUUAUCACAAACCAAUCCUACUUACAUUGUUCACUCUUCUUCUCCAACUUCCAAACCCUAUCAAUGCAUCACCAUCCCCACCCAUAACGGCUCUUUAUGCCUUCGGCGACUCCACGGUAGAUUCCGGCAACAACAACUACAUCCCUACUCUUUUCCGGAGCAACCACCCACCUUACGGUAGAUCCUUUCCGACCAAACUCUCCACCGGAAGAUUCUCAGACGGAAAACUCGCAACCGACUUCUUAGCCUCCUCUCUAGGACUCAAACCCACUUUACCAGCUUACCUCGACCCUUCGGUCAAACCACUUGACCUUUUGACCGGCGUUAGUUUUGCCUCGGCUGGAGGUGGUUUAGAUGACCGCACGGCCAUGCUAUCGUUGACUUUGACCAUGGAUAAACAGUGGAGCUACUUUGAGGAGGCGGUGCGUAAGAUGAAGAAUGUGGUUGGAGACUCGGAGACUAAUAGGGUGAUUAAUAAUGCUUGGUUUGUGAUUAGUGCGGGGACUAAUGAUAUGAUCUAUAACGUUUAUGAUCAUGUUCUUGGGAGUUUUAUCUCAGUUUCGGAUUAUCAAGACUAUCUACUCAGCAAAGUCGAAGCUUUUGUCCAGAGACUACACGACGCAGGAGCACGAAGAAUUACAAUAGCGGGACUACCACCAAUAGGAUGCCUUCCAGUGCAAGUAACAGUUGGUACUGUCACACUCCCUCGGAUCUUCCAUAAACGGACCUGUACGGAAAACCAGAAUACUGAUUCUCAGCUAUACAAUCAAAAGCUACAGAAGCUAAGCUUCCGUCUCAGUCAGAGGCUUCUAGGCUCCAAAAUUCUCUACCUCGACAUCUACACUCCGAUAAUGGACAUGAUCAAACACCCUCAUAAAUACGGAUUAGAAGAAACGUUGAAAGGAUGUUGCGGGACGGGGUUCCUUGAGGCAGGACCUUUAUGCAAAUCAGUGUCUAGAACUUGUGAGGAUGUUUCAAAGUAUUUGUUCUUCGAUUCUGUGCAUCCUACACAAAAGGCUUACUCUGUCAUUGCUACUUACGCGUUACAAAAGUUGUUUCCUCUCCUCUAAAUUUUUUUCUUAAUUCUUGUUAUCUGCAAUAUUUUUUAAGAAUGUUAUCACGUCUACAACACUUUCCGCAAGCUAA